CAUCUGGUAUUGUCCUUCUGCCACUGUCUUAAAAGGGAUUCUGCAGGGAUUUUCUUUCCCUUGUUCCUCCAGCCCUCCACUUGCGUUACUGGCCUAAGUGGAUCCGCCCCAGCUGGUCCCGUCCAUCACCACAGUCAGGUCUGAAGAUUCCUGAUACGCUUAGAGCCUGUGGCACUGCAGACGCAAACAGUCGUUAGUGGACGGCCCUAUUGUAACAAACCACGCGUUAAGAUGUAAACCCCGGAGAACUGGCCUCAAGCGUCCAGAAGCAACCUUUACUCUGAGCCUGGAUUAACCAUGAGAGAGCUCGUCCACAUUCCAUUGUUACAGAUUCUCUCCCUGGUCGCCUUCAGCGGGACCGAGAAACUUCCAAAAGCUCCUGUCAUCACCACGCCUCUUGAAACCGUAGAUGCCUUAGUUGAAGAAGUAGCAACUUUCAUGUGUGCCGUGGAAUCCUACCCUCAGCCUGAGAUUUCUUGGACCAGAAAUAAAAUCCUCAUUAAACUGUUUGACACCCGCUACAGCAUCCGGGAGAACGGUCAGCUCCUCACCAUCCUGAGUGUGGAAGACAGUGAUGACGGCAUCUAUUGCUGCAGCGCCAACAACGGAGUGGGAGGAGCCGUGGAGAGCUGUGGUGCUCUGCAAGUGAAGAUGAAACCUAAAAUAACUCGCCCUCCCAUUAAUGUCAAAAUAAUAGAGGGGCUGAAAGCGGUUCUACCAUGUACGACAAUGGGCAACCCCAAGCCGUCCGUCUCCUGGAUCAAGGGGGACAGCGCUCUCAGGGAAAAUUCCCGCAUUGCAGUUCUUGAAUCGGGGAGUUUAAGGAUCCAUAAUGUGCAAAAGGAAGAUGCAGGACAGUACCGCUGUGUGGCAAAAAACAGCCUGGGCACAGCUUACUCCAAGCUGGUGAAGCUAGAAGUUGAGGUUUUUGCAAGAAUCCUGCGUGCUCCUGAGUCCCACAAUGUCACCUUUGGCUCCUUUGUAACCCUACGCUGUACAGCAAUGGGGAUCCCCGUACCCACCAUCAGCUGGAUCGAAAACGGAAAUGCCGUUUCCUCAGGGUCCAUUCAAGAGAGUGUGAAAGAUCGGGUGAUUGACUCAAGACUCCAGCUCUUUAUCACCAAGCCAGGACUCUACACAUGUAUAGCUACCAAUAAACACGGAGAGAAGUUCAGUACGGCAAAGGCUGCGGCCACAGUCAGUAUAGUAGAGUGGAGCAAAUCACAGAAAGACAGCAAAGGCUACUGUGCCCAGUACAGAGGGGAGGUGUGUGAUGCAGUCCUGGCCAAAGAUGCCCUGGUCUUUUUCAACACCUCCUACUCGGACCCUGAGGAGACCCAAGAGCUGCUGAUCCACACUGCGUGGAAUGAGCUGCAGACUGUGAGCCCACUUUGCCGGCCGGCUGCCGAGGCCCUGCUGUGUAACCAUCUCUUCCAAGAGUGCAACCCUGGAACAGUACCUACUCCCAUGCCCAUUUGCAGAGAGUACUGCUUGGCCGUGAAGGAGCUGUUCUGUGCAAAGGAAUGGCUGGCAAUGGAAGGAACGACCCACAGAGGCCUCUACCGCUCAGGGAUGCAUCUCCUCCCAGUGCCAGACUGCAGCAGGCUUCCCAGCAUGCACCAGGAUCCCAUGGCCUGCACAAGACUGCCCUAUUUAGAUUAUAAAAAAGAAAACAUAACAACCUUCCCGCCGAUCACGUCCUCCAGGCCAAGUGUGCACAUUCCACAUCUGCCUUCUUCCACCUCUUCCUUCGCCGUCUCCCCUGCAUACUCCAUGACGGUCAUCAUCUCCCUCAUGUCCAGCCUCGCUCUCUUUGCCCUCCUCACCAUCGCCACUCUGUACUGCUGCCGAAGAAGGAAAGAGUGGAAAAACAAGAAACGGGAGUCAGCGGCCGUGACCCUCACCACUCUGCCUUCUGAACUCCUGCUGGACAGACUCCAUCCCAACCCCAUGUACCAGAGGAUGCCACUCCUUCUCAACCCCAAGUUGCUCAGCCUGGAGUAUCCCAGGAAUAACAUUGAGUAUGUCAGAGACAUCGGAGAGGGAGCAUUUGGAAGGGUCUUUCAAGCAAGGGCUCCAGGUCUACUUCCUUAUGAACCUUUUACUAUGGUGGCCGUAAAGAUGCUGAAGGAGGAGGCCUCUGCAGACAUGCAAGCAGACUUUCAGAGGGAGGCGGCCCUCAUGGCAGAGUUUGACAACCCAAACAUCGUGAAGCUCUUAGGCGUGUGUGCAGUAGGAAAGCCUAUGUGUCUGCUCUUUGAAUACAUGGCCUAUGGUGACCUCAAUGAGUUCCUCCGAAGCAUGGCCCCUCACACCGUGUGCAGCCUCAGUCACAGUGACCUGUCCACAAAGGCUCGGAUGUCCAGCCCUGGUCCUCCACCCUUGUCGUGUGCAGAACAGCUCUGUAUUGCCAGGCAAGUGGCAGCCGGCAUGGCCUACCUGUCUGAGCGCAAGUUUGUCCACCGGGACUUAGCCACCAGGAACUGCCUGGUGGGGGAGAACAUGGUAGUAAAAAUUGCAGACUUUGGCCUCUCCAGGAACAUCUACUCUGCAGACUACUACAAAGCUAAUGAAAAUGACGCCAUCCCUAUCCGUUGGAUGCCACCUGAGUCCAUCUUCUACAACCGUUACACCACAGAGUCGGAUGUGUGGGCUUACGGUGUGGUCCUCUGGGAGAUCUUCUCCUAUGGCCUGCAGCCAUACUAUGGCAUGGCCCAUGAGGAGGUCAUUUACUAUGUGAGAGAUGGCAACAUCCUCUCCUGCCCCGAGAACUGCCCCUUGGAACUGUACAACCUCAUGCGCCUGUGUUGGAGUAAGCUACCCGCAGACAGACCCAGCUUCUGCAGUAUCCACCGGAUCCUGCAGCGCAUGUGCGACAGAGUAGAGGGAACGGUGGGUGUCUAGGGUUGACUGUGCUCAAACAACCCCCAACAGGCUCUUUCCAGAUGGUGGGCCGGAGAAAUCCUACAGCAGAGACUGGAUAGGACCAGAGAGGAAAGGGUUUAACAUAGACAUCCCAAGCCAGUAGCUUGUUUGCAGCAAGAAACAGAUCGCGAAAAACCCACAGAUUAGGAGGGUCCCAUUGAAAUAGGAGGUUGGAGAACCAAGCUAGGAAAAUUAAGAGGACCGUAGGUGGCGCUUCACCCUCAAAGGGACAGUUCUGAAUAUAUACUAUAUAAAGAGAAUAGCUCGGGUUCCGUUUUUGCAUCACCGCUCAGACUGAGCGUGCCGUGCUCAGUUGAACCCAAAGCCGUACGUGCAGCUUCGUUUUUUUUUUUAUUAUUUUUAUUUUUCAGUUUCAUUUUUGAAGGAAGACACUCUGUCAAUUGUAAAAACAGUGUGUCUCUGCGCAUUUAGAUGAGGACAGGAAACUAAAGACAGGAAGCCAUUCUUUCAUUACUCAAGACACAUGACCGGUUCUUUGUGUUGCUUUUCUCCUUUCUCGCGUUGAAUGUGCAACCACAUAGUCUCAUUCUAGAGCUGCGCGUCUAUUUUACUGAUGGGUUUUUAAGGGAUACGAAGUGGAAAACCUGCAAGCUCUGUGCUGACUGCAGGUCCUGGCUUCUUUUCUCUGCCUACUCUCCACCAGAAGCCCUUCCUUGUGUGCCCUCAGCUUCGAGGUGAUUUUUUUCGCCUCACUCCUCCUGCUUUUCUGCAAAAAAAAAUUUCAUAACUUACCAACUUACCUUGCUUUAUGAAAACUAUAUUGACACAUUUUUUUCCUUAAACUAUCAUAGGCGACAGAUACAUUUUAUUUUUAUCUCUGUCAAGUAUGGUAUUUUUCUUUUCUAUGUGCUCUUGGGUUUGCCGUACAGUAAUUAUGUUUAUAUUAAUA